AAUGGGUAGGGUUUGUCAGAUGAUUCGGCAGCCCUACCUGGUUGAAAGCUUGGACUAAUUAUGCUUGACAUUGCCGCUUUAAUGGAGACCAUCAACCUCAGGCAUCCAUAAACUCAACCCAUUGACCCACUUGAUAUCAAAGUUGAACCAGCAAUUACUUCCGUCCUCCGUCCAUGUCAUCACAACAAUCCCCAAUCGCAGCCGAUGGCACACCCCAAAAUCUGAGCGACAAACCACUCGCUCCGCGCCACCGGGCAUGCUCACGCCGAUCCGAGUCCGCGGCCGCAGAAGAAAAAGCCCUGUGAACCCCAACCAGCAAGAUGCAGGCCCCAGGCCCAAGCGCUCAAAAGGCGGCCGACCGCUGAUGUCACCAACAGAACGAUACACCUCCUCCCAAAUCAAAACUGUCAAGCGCGCGCGCCUCAUGGUCGCGAAACCGCCCAAGCCGCGCAAGAAACAGAGCAGACUGGAAAGUUUACCGGUGGAACUGAUCGAGAAGAUCUUCUUGUACUCGUUGAACGUCAAUCUGCCGCGAGCGUCUUCAUCACUGGCAGCCACGGUGUCAAGCGAGAGGAUCUACCGUGCGCUGAUACUGCUGGCGUUCUGGGAUGACGUUCCGUCGGCGGCGGGGGCCUUUGACGCGGAGUCUGCGACGACCAUCGCGAGGAUCCUGAGACCGUUGGAUUACGUGCGGCUUGACUUCGACGAGCGGCGGAAAUUACAGAGUGCCAUAUUACGAUGCAAGUGGUGUACGGUGGAUCGGGUGUUGAGCCGGGUCCCAGAUUUGAUGGGUCUUACGAUCCAGCGAUACUGGUUCCUUGCGGGGAUUACAAUGUCGGAGGAUGAGGAGGAGAAACUGGCUGGGUUUCUUGCGCGUGAAGAGGGGGAAGAAGAGAUUCCGAGCUUUGAAGGCACGGAUAAAGACAAUAACCAUUAUACUUUAUCCGUGUCUCCCUUUGUCUCAAUUACUGUCACCUGUCGCGAAACAGAGGCUGCUCAGACGCACCGGGUGCUCGGCAUCACUGAGUUCCCUGAAAGACUUCUAAGGGGCGAAGGCGGGUUCGCAUCAGAUACUAUCGUGUACCUUGAGACGCUUCGCAUCGCAAGCGGAUUCAAUAGAUCAGAGCUUAUGGAAACGCAGAUCUCUGUGUCGCGCGACGCGCUGCAAAAGGGUAUCCAUGUGGCUCUGAUAGAACACAACGUUGAUGCACUUGCCGUCUUACUCAAGAUCGAUGAGUAUUAUUUUCGCUGCAAACAUACAUCCGUCACAGCGGCAAACAGUGCGCCUUAUUUGCUCCCGGCUGAACAUUUCCGGACCGCUGUGCGGGUCGCGCGCAAUGACCCGGCGUUAUUCCAGCUCCUUGUCCGCGCCAGUGCAGAGUCUGUGCCGCCUGAUGACUCGGAAAUUACACAUUGGGCAAUGGAUCUUGAUGAUCCGUUUGGCCGGUGGCUUCUUGAUCUCAUGCUGCAGCUCCCGCAGCAGACUGAGGCGGCGAACGCUAACCCGGCUGAAGGAGCGGUGUUCUACCUGGGGAGAGCGAAUGGACAGGUGGAGUUGGCGAGAAGGUAUCUGAAUGAUGUUCUGGGGAUUGAGGCUUUGGGGACUUGGGUGGAAGAAAGUAACCAUGACUUUGAAAGCCAGUGGAAGACUCUAUAAGAGAGUUUUUGCCAGUUACGUUAUGCUGUUGUUGUAUUAUGAUACAUUGUUUUCAUCAAGCGCAUCAAGCGCCAGGCGUAUU